AUGGCGGCCAACGGAAACUUCACGGAGAAGGAACAGUACAAGGGCAAUGCCGAUCAAUCGUCCGUCGCUGCUGCCACUGAUUUCUCUCCCUCUUCGGCUUCUAACGCCAACCUCAGUAAGGAUGAGGUCGGUUGGUACUUCGUUGAGCAGUACUACACCACCCUGAGCAAGACACCCGAGAAGCUUCACCUCUUCUACGGCAAGCGCUCCCAGUUCGUCUACGGCAAGGAGGCCGAGGUUGCCACAGUGUCCGUGGGUAGAAAUGCCAUCCAGGAGCGUAUCAAGGAGCUCGACUUCCAGGACUGCAAGGUCCGCGUCACCAACGUCGACUCUAUGGCCUCGUUCGACAACAUUGUCAUCCAGGUCAUCGGCGAGACCUCCAACAAGGCUGCUGAGCCCCAGAAGUUCGUCCAGACCUUCGUCCUCGCACCGCAGCCUUCCGGCUACUUCGUCGUCAACGAUAUCCUGCGCUUCGUCAACGAGGAAGGCGAGGAGGAGGCCGUCGUCGAGACCCAGGAGGAGCAAGUGAACAUUGAGCCCAGCCCCCCCGCCGCUGAGGCCGAGAAGGCUCCCGUCGAGGCUGAGGAGGAGACUAAGGACGAGCCUGCCAUUGAUGCUGACGAGGUCGAUAAGAAGCUCGAGGAUUCCGUCGAGGAGACUGCCGCCAGCACUGACGAGGCUGCUAGCGAUGCUGACGAGGCCAAGGCCGAGGAGCCCGUCGAGGCUGUGCCUGAGGCUGCCGCUGAGACGAACCCGGAGACUGUUGCCGCCGAGGUUGCGCAGGACGACGUCAAGGAGGCUGAGAAGCCUACCGACCCCAGCCCGACUCCUGUUGCUCCUCCUGCCAAGGCCGAGAAGCCUGUUGCUGCUGUUCCGCCAAGCCCAUGCCGCGUCCCAAAGGCUGGCGCAUACGGUGGCAGCAACUACGCUUCCGGACGUGGCGGCGCUCCCAGCGCGGACGCGGCGGUUUCGAGGGCCAGCGCCAGGGAAGCCAGGGCGGUGGCCGUGGCAACUUCACCGGCGGACAGGGUCGUGGCCGGGGUGCUCCCCGCGGCCGUGGCGCCUCGCAGGCUGCCACCAACGCUUGAGAAACGGCAGCCUUUGAGCGCGCUGCAGGGCACAUGCACGGCCGAGGGUUGGUAUCACACGCAUGACGAAAACCCACGGUCCGGCGGAUGA